AGGAGCAGUGUCAAUCAAGUGUGUUACAAUAGCACGUGCAAUAGUCAUGGUUCAAGACACACAGAGGUUUAUCUUAACUCCAGCAGCUGGGUGAGAAUGACUUGGAAGCCUCUGCAAGAUCUUGGAACAGAAGCUACAUUAAAUAAUGUAUUCUGAGGUAAACUGGAUACCUGAGGAAAGGCUCUAAAUAAUGUAUUUUGUAGGCAUGACAGUUGUAGCAGAAGAGAAUGCUGAAACCUGUAGGAAGACUACGGUCUGAGAUGAAAGAAUGUCUCAUUAUAAUUUUAUCAAGUGCUGCUGUUUCCAGCUAUGUAAUGUUUUUCGAACACAUGACAUGGAAAUUGACCAGUGCUUGCUGGAGUCCCUCCCUUUAGGCCAGCGUCAGCGGUUGGUGAAACGUAUGCGCUGUGAUCAAAUAAAGGCAUAUUAUGAAAGAGAAAAAGCUUUUCAGAAACAGGAAGGACAUGUGAAAAAAUUGAAACAUGGAAAGAAUCACCGAGUUCAUUUCAACCUCGCUGAUAUGAUACAGGAUGCAAUCAUACAUCAUGAUGACAAAGAAGUGCUACGGCUACUAAAGGAUGGUGCAGACCCUCACACUCUUAUUUCCUCAGGAGGCUCCUUGCUCCAUCUGUGUGCUCGUUAUGACAAUGCCUUUGCUACAGAAAUUCUGAUUGACAGAGGGGUAAAUGUAAAUCAUCAAGAUGAGGAUUUUUGGACAUCAGUGCAUGUAGCCUGUGCAUGUGAUAAUCCUGAUAUUGUCCUGCUACUGUUAGUAGCUGGGGCCAAUGUGCUGCUGCAGGAUGUUAAUGGAAACAUUGCUCUUGAUUAUGCCACGGAAGGGACGGAAUCCAGCUGCAUCCUUCUGACAUACUUGGAAGAAAAUGGUGUGGAUCUGAACUCACUGCGCCAGAUGAAGAUUCAGAGACCUAUGACAAUGCUUGCAGAUGUUAAACAACUUAUAUUGGCUGGAGGGAAUGUGAAUCAGAAGAAUGAUAAAGGGGUUACACUGCUGCACAUAGCCUGUGCAAAUGGGUACAAAGAUGUGGCAUCUCUGAUCCUGGAUCAUGGUGCUGAUGCCAAUGUCGUGGAUAAUCAGUACUGGACCCCUCUGCAUUUGGCUGCAAAAUAUGGACAGACAAACCUUGUGAAACUGCUGUUGAUGCAUCAGGCAAACCCCAGUCUUCUCAGUUGCAGUGAUGAAAAGGCCUCAGAUAUUGCAGCUUCUGAAUUUAUUGAGGAAAUGCUGCUGAAGGCUGAAACUGUAUGGGAGGAAAAAAUGAAAGACCCUUUAUCUGUUUCUGCUUUAUCACAAGAAGAGCCAUAUGAAGAGAUCAUCCAUGAUCUGCCUGCACUUUCCAAUAAACUCAAUCCCCUGGCUUUGCCAAUUGCCAAACAAGACAGUUUGCUGGAGAAAGACACCAUGUUCAAAGAUGCAACAAAAAUAUGUAAGCAGCAGUCUCAAGACACCGCAUCUGACUAUAUCACAGUGACUGACACAACCAAACUUGAACAGGUCAAGUUAAUGCCUCCAGCACCAAAUGAUGACCUGGCCACUCUGAGUGAGCUAACAGACAACAGCCUGCUUUAUGAGAUUCAGAAACGUUUCAGUAACAAUCAGAUAUAUACCUACGUUGGAGAUAUACUGUUGCUGGUUAAUCCAUUUAAAGAACUUCCAAUUUAUUCCACUAUGGUCACCCAGCUUUACCUAAGUGACUCUGGCAAACUGUGUUCCUCACUUCCCCCACAUAUAUUCUCCUGUGCUGAAAGGGCUUACCACAUGCUUUUCCAGGAGCGGCGUCCUCAAUGCUUUAUUCUCAGUGGAGAACGUGGUUCUGGGAAAACUGAAGCCUGCAAACAAAUAGUGAAGCACCUGACAUGCAGAUCCAGUUCCAGCAGGAUUACCUUUGAUUCGAAGAUAAGACAUGUAAACUGUAUCUUGGAGGCUUUUGGACAUGCUAAAACAGCCCUGAAUGAUUUGUCCAGCUGUUUUAUAAAAUAUUUUGAGCUGAAGUUCUGUGAAAAGAAAAAAGUAUUAAUUGGAGCAAGGAUUUAUACGUACAUGCUGGAGAAGUCCCGUGUUGUCAUGCAGCCUCUCAACCAGAGCAAUUUUCUUGUUUUUUACUUGUUGAUGGAUGGGCUGUCCGCUGAAGAAAAGUACGGCCUGUACCUCAGUAAUUUGUCUGCACACAGGUAG